AAUGUUAUUUUGGGCUGUCUCGGGGGAAGAGAGAGGAGAAUGCGGAUUGUUCUUUUGCCGGCUGUGGUUUAUGGUAUCGGACUGAGAUGGAAAAACUAUAAAACGCCUAUUUAUGCCGCCAUAAUUCCAAAUGAAGUCCGUCGAGUGGAAAUCGUUCGAUUUACUGACGCUGUAAUAUGGAACGUUGACACGUUUGUGUUGUCAUGUACACUUGAAUAGAACCGGAAUGGAAUCCCGAGCUUGUGGUCGCAUUUUAUUAAGACCGUGGUACUGACUUAUUUGCGUCGGUUUCUUCGUUGAUCUCCAUCUGAACGAGGUAAUUAAACUGAUAAAGACCUAUAACAAAGAAUCCGCGUGCAUAACCUCAAGUCUCGCGAGAAGCCGCGAGGUUUUUAGCACUUUGACAUUCGAACUUUGUAAUUCUGCCUUUGGGUCUCUGUCGCCUGUUUACGGCGAAAGUGAACAGACCUGCCGGCUAUAUGGUUGAUCUGUACUGAUUAAAGAGGUAUCCUGAUACGGUAAAUUAACUGUAAACGCGUGCAGUCGUAGCAGUUUGACUUAAAAACACAAGUCGUUUCAGACGUCGUGUCGAACCCGACAGUUAGCUUAGUGGCUAACGGAGUUUUGUUGGCUCGCGCGCGGCUUUCAGAGAAACUGGAGAUAAUCGAGGAUGACGAUGCAAGUCUUUUGGUGAAACAGAAGCUAGGAUCAUAUUUGGAACCUUGUGCAACCUUGUGGCUUACAACUGCAAAUCAAGUAUUACAGCCUGGCCUUUUCAUGUCACACCUUAUGUUGAACGAACACUACCUACAUUUUGGCAUACAAUGGAUGACCAUAGUUUAACAGUUUUUGUGCUAGUCUGUGAACUGUUCACUCCCUGCUUCAUUUAUAGUGCUCUUCCAGUGCGUUUCUCAAGCCCUUUAGUCCAUAAGAGCAUUGACUUUAUUUGAGCAAUCCCCAAAAAACUUUAGGCUUUUUCAGUAUAUUUAUUUAAGUAUAUGGAAGUUAUCUAGGUCUGUCUCCUCACUCUGUGAGUGGAGUUAUGUCUGAAAGUUUUAGAGAAAAGAUGGUCAAGUUCCUGUCCCCUGCUUCAAAGAACUCCAAUGGCUCCAAUUCAGACACACAGUUGGGUGAACGGAUUGGUCCGGAAGUCCGCCGUAGGCACCACACCAUGGAGCGGGACUCGAAAGCUGAGCAUCGAUUUUUUCGGCGCAGUGUUAUUUGUGACUCGAAUGCCACGGCUUUGGAACUUCCUAGCAAAAUUGUUUUCCUGAAUGCACCACUGGAGUUUUCAACUGCACCCACUGAUCCUAACGCAGAUGAAAUCAAAAUCACAUCUCAGACUGAGAGCACUACGCAGACUGAUGUUCCAAAUGUUGUUGUGAAUGUGGAGGGAGAUAAAGAUGGCAUCCAAGAGCAGAUAGUUGCAGAGCAGAGGCCGGUCGUGUCAGCCUGUCCGGUUGUGGAGACGAAGCAAGAACCAUGUCUGGAUCCAAACAGCAAGACAUCAGAGCAGGAGUUAGGCAGUAGCGUAGGCACAAAACAGGAAAAUGAUAAGGAGGAAGAUGAAGACAAGGUGAAGGCUCGUGUAGAGGCAGGGCAACAGCGAGAGGCUGAGAAGAAGGACCAAGAGGACAUAGAGGAGGUGGAGACGAAGGCUGUUGGAACUUCGCCCGAUGGACGAUUUUUGAAGUUUGACAUUGAGAUUGGACGUGGUUCAUUCAAGACUGUGUAUAAAGGAUUGGAUACGGAGACAACAGUGGAGGUGGCAUGGUGUGAAUUGCAGGACCGUAAGUUGUCCAAGUCAGAGCGACAACGCUUCAAGGAAGAAGCAGGUAUGCUGAAGGGCUUGCAGCACCCCAACAUUGUGCGCUUCUAUGAUUCCUGGGAAGCUCCCUGCAAAGGAAAGAAAUGUAUAGUGCUUGUGACGGAGCUUAUGACAUCUGGCACCCUAAAGACGUACCUGAAGCGGUUUAAGGAGAUGAAGAUUAAAGUCCUAAGAAGUUGGUGUCGACAAAUACUGAAAGGGCUUCACUUCCUUCAUACAAGGUCUCCUCCUAUCAUCCACCGUGACCUCAAGUGUGACAACAUCUUCAUCACUGGGCCCACCGGAUCUGUUAAGAUCGGUGACCUAGGCCUUGCUACUCUCAAGAGGGCUUCUUUUGCCAAGAGUGUGAUAGGUACCCCUGAGUUCAUGGCGCCUGAGAUGUAUGAGGAGAAGUAUGACGAGUCAGUGGAUGUCUAUGCCUUUGGGAUGUGUAUGCUGGAGAUGGCUACUUCUGAGUACCCGUACUCCGAGUGCCAGAAUGCGGCACAGAUCUAUCGCAGAGUGACCAGCGGAGUGAAGCCUGCCAGUUUCGAUAAGGUAGCCUUUCCUGAAGUCAAAGAAAUCAUCGAAGGAUGUAUUCGUCAAAACAAAGACGAGAGAUAUUCCAUCAAGGACCUGCUGAACCACGCCUUUUUUCAGGAAGAAACAGGGGUUCGUGUUGAGCUUGCUGAAGAGGACGAUGGUGAAAUGGUGGCUAUCAAACUAUGGCUGCGCAUUGAGGAUGUUAAGAAGCUCAAAGGGAAAUACAAGGAUAACGAGGCCAUUGAAUUUUCCUUUGACCUCCUCAAAGAUGUCCCAGAGGAUGUGGCACAGGAGAUGGUUGACUCAGGCUAUGUGUGUGAGGGUGAUCAUAAGACCAUAGCCAAGGCUGUGAAGGACCGUGUGGCUCUGAUCUGUAGGAAGAGGGAACAGCGGAAGCUUGUACGGGAAGAACAGGAGAAGAGGAAGCAGGAAGAGGAAAGGGGUCAGCAGCCUCCCAGUGAGCCAAUUCCUGCUGACUCCUCCACCACAAAGCCUCAUACUUCGACUUCGACAUCAGUUCCCAUAGAGACAGAGGAGCCAGAGGGGGAUCAGCACCACCUGCAACAGCAGCCUGGAGUGUCUGUUUCAUCUGUAGGUGGUAUAGAGGGCCAGUAUUCACUGAUUGCAUCAGAGUCUCAUCCUGUUCAGCCAGUGCUGCCUUCUUAUAGCUCUAUGCAGCCUGAGCAACACCCUCAGACCUCUGCCACACAACACAGCACUCAUUCCCAACUUCCUCAGCAGCAUGCUGUCCACCUACAUGGUCUGCAGCCACAGGUUCCAUCCUCACAAGGAAGCAGUACCCAACCUUUGAUUCCUGUAUCUCAUACUGAAUAUAUUGCUCCACAACAGACCACUUCUGUUCAGCCUAGCACCUCCCAACAGCCUAACCAGCCCCCGAUGGACACCACACCACAGAGUUCAACUCAUCCUCCAACACCACACAGUUCUCAGAUAUGGCCAAAUCAACUCAGCCCUCCUGUUUUCUCUCCACCUCCAAAUGCCGAACAUCUGUAUUUCUUAUAUCAGGGCUCUCUGUUACUCCGGGCUCCUCUAAGUGUUUCCCAGUCUCCAGAUCAGCCUCAAACACAGUCCUUGCUGAUUCCACCAUCUACAGAGAGUGGCCUGUCAGAUGCAGCUUCAGGGUUGAGCGAUGGGAAUGAGAGCAAGCAGGAGGCUGGUUCCACAAAGCGCCACCAGCGUCGCUCAGUCCGUAGCCGUUCACGUCAAGACAAGUCUGCCAAGCCCAAGCUUGUUGUGCUUAAUAUUUCCAAUAUUGGUGACCGAGUGGCUGAAUGCCAGCUAGAAACCCACAACAGGAAAAUGGUGACGUUUAAGUUUGAUCUGGAUGGAGACAACCCUGAAGAAAUUGCACACAUCAUGGUCGAGAGUAACUUCAUUCUGGAGAGUGAGCGGGAGUCUUUUAUAGAUCAGGUGCAAGAGGUUAUAGACAUGGCAGAUGAGAAAAGAGAAGCUGCUAAAGACGGCUAUUCUCAGGUGAUAAAUGAUGCAAAACAAGUACCUGAUCUAUCGAGUCCAAUUCUGCCAGGCCUGCCACCCAGCAUGGCUGCACAGGUGGUGCACUCAGCAGGGCGGCGUUUCAUUGUCAGCCCUGUACCAGAAUCCCGACUUCGAGAGUCAUUUUUUGGCCCUCCAUCAGCUAGCACAUCAUUUGGAGAUGAACUAGCAGUGUCUGAUCCUGCCCCAGCUAACUAUACACAACCGGGGCAAACCAUUCUGUCUCCCAACACCAGUCAGCCCUCAGUAUUACCCCCUCAACCUGUAUACCCAGGCUCAGUUGCAGUUGCUCAAAGCACCUCUGUAAAUGUGCCUGUUGGUUCCACUUCCCCACCUACUUCUGCUCAGAUACCCCAAACAGGCAGGAUAUCUCCUUCCCUUGCCCCAUCAGAUCAGCCCAUUACUCCGCGUCGUACCUCCCUUCCCACUCCAACUAUUCCCUACCAGCUUCCUGAGAGCAUAGCUGUUCCAACCUCCACUGCAGAACAGCUGACUCCUGGCCCCAGUUCUACCCCCACACCUAUACCUGUAGUUGUUGGGGAGAGUGAGGGGGAGAUGCAGGGAAAAUCACCAGGCAUCGAGGAUAUCCAGGCACUGGACAAGAAGCUUCGUUCUCUAUUCCAUGAUCAGAGUUCGUCCUCUGGCUCCUCAGCCCAGCCUGAUCCAUCAGAUGUGGCCCCUACCUCCUCACCUCCCAACACCAUCAGUUCUCCACCGCCUGGUCUGGCAUCGACUGCAGGCCAUGUGACACCAUCUAGCUUGUCUUUGAGCUCCAGUGGGAACUUUGCUCCUGGCAUGUUUGCCUCUCAAAGCCAAGGAGUUUCAGUUACUGUACAGGUGCAAACUAGUCAAGUUGAUACUGGUGUAGCAAGACUGCAGAAUUCUGUUAUUGGACCCCAAGACUGCCCGACCACUGUAGAGAACAACCAACCAGUGAUGCCAUCAACUAGUGAAGGUUUCAGACGUGGUCGAUUUCAGGUUUCUGUGUCCACCGAUGAAGCCAUGGAAAGUGCCUCUUGCCAGAUUACUAUGCCGUCAUCUUCAUCUAUAACUACUUCUUCGUCUACAUCCUCAACAUCCUCAGCAGGCUCAAGCCCUGAAAAUACUGUUCAUAAGUAUCAAACCCUGCCAAGCCCUGGGCAUGACCCUUCUUCUGCACCUACUCCUUUUCCUGCUACUACGUUUGGGCGCUUUCAGGUGACCUCAGAUGUCAAAGUUGGACGUUUCUCAGUUACUCCAGCUGCAAAAGAGGAUGCAGACACAAAAGAAGAGGACGAUGUUGGUGUAUCCACAGUCCAACCUAACUCCCAAUGCUUCUUGAGCAGCGAUGACUCUGAGCCAGAGGAUGAAGCCUUUAAGAAAGCGAUCAGACAGCUCAGGGAGAGGCAUAUGACUGAGAUCCAGGCCUUGCAGUCUAAGCAAAAGAAGGAGAUUGAUGUGCUGUAUGCAAAGAUGGGCAAAAUGCGUCCCUCUAUAGCGGCAUCCUCCCCUAUAGCUCUGGCAGGAGGCAGACGUAGGCUCACCAAAAGCAAGAGCAACAAAUCCAGCCGCAGUGGCAGCAUCCACAGCAGUCCUCAUCAGCAAGUAGAUAGACGAAACAAACAGGCUUCAGUCAGACAGUUGACAGAAGGACAGCUUCCGGAUUCACUUGCUCAGGAUGUUCAGUCAGAAGGGCCCACCAUGACAAAUAAAGAAGAAAAUGUGUCAAGUCAAGCUGCUAACCUUCCACGAAAAGGCACAUUUACAGAUGACCUCCACCAGCUGGUGGAUGAUUUUGCUCGGGACGCCAUGAGCCACUCACAGGUCAAGAAGAAUAGUAAACAAAAUUCACAAAGCCUUGAUACAAUUCCUCGCAAGUUCUCUGCACCAGGACAGCUGUGCUCCAUGGGUGGUCCUAUAUGUGCUCCUUGCUCCAACACUUCAACUGGAAGGAAAGGUUCAUUGUGCUUGACAUCCCAGCAGCACACCUACCCUUGUGCCCCUUAUGUUCACACACAGUGGCCAGCAGCAAAUGCAACAGGCUUGUUACAGCCUACAGCCACAAAUGCUCUCCAGCCAGGGUUCCCUGCAGGAGCUCCCAAAGCAGGAAAUAAUGGUGGAAACAAUGUGCGGACCAAUCACACAAGCUGAAAUAAAGGGAUGUCACAAGGCACAUGGAUUUAACUUAAUUGUUGUCUGUGAAUGGUUUUCAAUCACCUAUAACCAAAUUUUAGUUCCAGACUAGACUUAAUCUCUGUCUAGCAAACCACCUUUACAGGAGGCAGCACAGUAAACAGGAAUAUACGCUGAAACCUCUGAAGCUAGUCUCUAUUUGAAUCUGUGGGGGAAAUGUAAGUAGACUGUUUACAGUAAACAGCAGCUAGAAAGCCUGUGAGGGUCUCAUUCUGUGACUUGGUUAGUAUUGUUGUGAUUUUUUUUCCAGAGAAGACCAGGAGACUUGGAUUUCCUUGUACAGUAGUCUUUAUUGUAGAGACACGAUGAACACGAGUCUUCAAGUCAGAACGUACUGGCACGGGCGCUGCAGUCAUUAAGUCUGACUUAAAGUUGUAAUGCAUUGUAAUUAUACACAUUUUAGGGGCAGUCCCAUCAGAUUGAAACAAAACACUCGGGUGACAACCAAAGCAUGGAAAUGUGUAAUCACCCACCCUUAAUCUCAUUAACAUGAGUCGUACUCAGACCCCUUCAUUAUCAUAGGAAUGAGUUCACCUCUUAUGCUCGGCAUUCCUUCGUGGCUCAGACUUUAAAACAAAUGGCCACCUUAAACAAUGUGACAAAUGGUACAAAGAGACAGGUGAUGUCCUGAAUUACAUUGCCCUUUCCUUUCGUAUUAAUGUGAGACAGGAACCACAAGCCUGAUAUAAAGUUUGAAUUUCACUAGCAUUGUCAUUUGAUUUGGCUUCUACAUGAUACACAAAUGUAUACUAGAAAUAAAACAAGGACUUAAUUAUUAUCCCACAAUUACCCAUUUGAGAGUUCUAAUAACUCUCAGAAAAGAUUUGUCAGUAAUAACAUAUAAGUCCUGCUCAGUUUUCUAUUUACAAAAUUUCUCUGGCCUGAGUACUUUAACAUAGAGCCAGUAUUUUUGCAACUUUGAGAAAUACUUUUCUUUUUUUUUUUGGUGUCCCUUAAUGUGAUUAAUAGUUCUUUGUUGUUUUCUGGAGUCCAAAGCUUAUUCAGUGCACAUUGUAGCUUGAUAUAUGAUGUUGAUUUUGUCUUCAGGUAAAUGAAGACAGGAAGAAUUGUUGUUGUCUGCCAGUCCUGAGCUGUAGUUCUGCAGAUGUCUUCAAAUGUCGGUGCUUUGGUGCAACUGUUGCCUUGGUUGUCAGUGUUUUCCAGUCCUUGUAUCUGUACAAGUGGUCUGUGUGUGCUAGUCUAUCCCUGCAGGUGGGGGAACUACUUUACAGUGUGAGACAUGGGUCCAAGUUCCUUUUCCUUUACAUAGUAGCAUUCUGCCAACUUCCUUCACUACUUCCCCUUAAAAUGUGUCCUGUUUGCUCUCUCUACUUGACCUGAUUCUUGUGGCCUAAAUGGACAAUGAAGAUUCCACUUCAUUGCAAGCAUUCAGGCAUUUUUUUCUCUCAAUUUAUCUACAACUACCAAGACAUCAGUCUUUCCCUUACAUGGGAGCAUUGAGAUGUAAUUUAUUUGUAAGUGUCUACAAGGCCCUGGUGGAGCUGGCUUUUUCCACACGGCUAGGGACUCUGGCCCAGUCAAUCUUUGGCCCAAUAAUAUUCUUCAGUAUCCUAAGGACCCCUUCUCGAAACUCAUCUUUGCUGGCAUGUUUGAAAUCAGAAGUAUUCACAGUAAUUUCUAAACAAUUCUUCCCUGAUCAACGGAGGAUAACACACAUUUUUAACUCCUUCCUGACAAAGUAGAGGAUAACCAUGUGUACUGGUCUGUAGGUUCUUUGGAUAGAGUGACACUCACUUUGCAAUGUUUUGAGUAAGUUUGGUGAGAUGAGAAGCUCUGUCUGGGUCACGGCACCAUCUGUUGUGAACUUUUUGCAGAGAAGACCAGGAGACUUGGAUUUCCUUGUAGUCUUUCUAGUAGACACACAAGGCAGAACGUACUGGCACGGGCGCUGCAGUCAUCAAGUCAUGUUGCAAUUACACACAUUUUAAGGGUUAGUCCCAUCAGAUUGUCACCCGAGUGUUUUGUUUCUAUCAAAGCAUUAAAGGAUGUAACAGCCCCACACCAAAUCCUGGAAUUUCACCCACCCUUAAUCCCAUUAACAUGAAUGAGUUCACCUCCUUUACUUGGCAUUCCUUCUUGUCUCAGACCGUGAAACAAAUGGCCACCUUAAACAAUGGGACAAAUGUCAAUAUAUCAGAGGGAUGUGUUAUAGGGCAAUAUGACUCUGGGCCUUACAGGGUGGAUGUGUACAAAUUUACAACAGUGCUAGAUUAAGACAAAACUAAAGCUUAAAUGGCCUUAAUUACUAAGCGUUGGUCUCUUUAAAUGGAGAUGCAUGGAUGUCAUGCUUUAUAAUGUAAAAAAGUUCUUAGUAUGCAGCUAAAUGGUAAACAUUUUCUUAAGCAGCUUGCCGUUUAGCUUAAAUGUGUCCUUAUCUACACUGUAUAGUAAUUAAAACCAGCGUGAUUAGUUUGGAUUAUAAAUGCUGCCAGUACAAAUCUUCUGUACCUAAGAUAGACCGCAAUAAAUGGGAUGAAUAAAGUAAGUUUGUGGCAAAAGAAAAGCAAAGAAAGUUUGUGAAGCAAAGAAAAGCUUUGGUUUGGUUGUAACCGAGAUUCAGGUUUAAAUCAUAACGUUAUUGCAUAGUCAUGUAGUGAGGGACCUGCUUGUUUUUAGAUUUCAAAACGUUAAAUGUUUAUCAAAAAAAAAUCUUCAAUCUUAGAAUUUGACCUAAAACAGAUGUGCAAUAUAUGAAGGUUAAAGCAGGGUGAUGGAGCACUUGACAAACCUUUACACCUUUUUCCAUUCUAAGUAUUUGCAUUGUGACUUUUGUAUGUGAUUGUAUUUGACUAUAUCAACUCCUACUGUAACUAGAUGGAUGUAUCGAGGGCAUGUGGGUUGUAGGCGUUCUGCAGUGGCUACAGCCUGUAGCUUUCUGCAGACCCCUGGACUGCAUGCUUAUGGGGUGCCUUCUUAAAUGAUUUUGUUGUGCUAGCCGAUGCACAGGUAUCCCCUAUAUAAUGCAUUUUCUCUCAAUCUAUUUGUCAUAGUCCACACUGGCUAUUACUAUAGUGCUCAAAUUGGUAGAAAGUUCUCUUGGAUGAAAAAUCAAUCACCGUAUAUAGAUAUGUUGCUGUGAAGUUAAAUUAACAAUAUAUCUAAAAAUUCACUUUCUGCAGAUUACAGUAUUGCACAAUUUGUCUUUAUACUCUCAAUACCACUCUCCUAAACAUGAUUAUUAUACUAAGCCACAAACACAGUGCCAUUCCCAAACAGAAGUGAUUUUCUCUCACCUCUGAAAUGAUUCGCUCGACUUCUCUAGAGAAGGAAAAACGUUACUGCAAUGCAGAAUAUGCACCGUUUUAAAAGGUUAAGCAGGCUCUGGAGGCUAAUGUUACUUUUGAUACUUGAGUGCAGAAAUUUUUCUAAACCUUUUCUUUAAUCAUAUUUUCAAAACCACUUGUUUGGUCACAACUGUUUUUAAAGUACCACUCUCACAUCUCACACAAAUCCAGCUAUAAUACUUGCAUUGUUCUCAAUACUGCAUGUGUUCAACCCGGGAAUAUUUCACCUGUUUAUUAAAUCAGCAUUAAACUUUUAGGUUAGAAAAAAGGUAAUAUUGCUAAAGCAUUGAUUCUCAGUUUUGUUUCAAGUCUUUUUUGGUGAUUAUAUUGAUGGUUGUGUUAAUCUUGUUUUUUUUUUUAAAGUGUAUAUACACCAGAGAUGAAUUAAAACAUUUUGGAAAUGUU